GAAACUGUGACGUCACAUGACAACUCCAGGAGCCACUUCCGUUGUUACUUCAACGUCAAAAAUGGCUGCCUGGAAGUUUAUUUUCAAGGGAAAAAUCAAAUAAUUGAAGAAACAAUUUUGUGAAUAAUGGCUAUUUACAGUUGGGAUUGUGUAUCGUAAGUUCUUCCGUACCCAAGAACACAAACUUUGCAAACAGUAUCUAGUCUAGUCUGUUUAAAAUGGCGGCCGAGGAAGUUGAAGGCCCGUCGCGAGUGAACAGCGAUACUGUUCAGACAUUCUUGAACAAAAAUCCCGAAUACGUUGAAAAAUGGUUGAAAAUGAACGCUACUCCCGAUUUAAUGAGUAAAUUAGCUCCAAAGAAACCACCAGCAAAGAUAGAAGCCCCCAAGUUUCUGAAUGUGGCCAAAAAUGUUGUCACAAACAAACUUUUAAAAACCUUUCUGGAUGGAACAGAUCAGAAGAGUUUAAGUGACGUGAAAGUCAUGGAAUCGAGUGAUUUGAAGGAUAUGAGGGGAGAGGAAGUGUUUAUGCAACUAGUUCGAGACAUCGCGUGUGAAUUGAAUGUGGAUGUCUUGUGUCAUAAGAUUUUAAGGAACGUGAGUCUUCUGACACAUAGUGAUCGGGGCAGUUUGUUUCUAUCUAGAGGGACAACAGACAAUAAAUUCCUGGUCUCUAAACUAUUUGAUGUCACAAAGUUCUCCAAUUUGAAAGAGUGUUUGCACGAUGACGAGAAAGCUAUUAAGAUUCCUUACGGAAAAGGUAUUGCUGGGCACGUUGCCCAAACUAAAGAGUACAUCAAUAUCCCAGAAGCCUAUGAUGAUCCGAGGUUCAACAAGGAGAUUGAUGCCAAGACCGGAUAUAGAACACACAGUAUCUUGUGCAUGCCAAUUUUAACUGCUGAUUGCGAGGUCAUUGGAGUAGCACAAAUUAUAAACAAAACAAAUAGCGACAACCAUGCUUUCACUCCGGAAGAUAUCAAAAUAUUUGAAAAAUAUCUCAUAUUUUGUGGGAUCGGUAUAACGAACGCACAGCUGUUCGAAAUGUCUGUCAAGGAAUACCAACGAAACCAGUUGCUAUUGACCUUAGCUAGGGGUGUGUUCGAAGAACAGAGCAACUUGGAAAGACUUUGUCAAAAAAUUAUGGUAAACGCUCAGGGUAUUGUGCAGUGUGAACGCUGUAGCAUUUAUCUACUGCAGGAUUUCAUUGAUGCUAAGGUCAAUGAUAACGGCGAAACAUCUGCAGAUACGAAACUUGGUACCUAUACCAGUCCUAACGACGUGGUAUUUGGUAAAGCGUUUGAUCUGUUCGCUACAGAUACCGAGAACUUGGUCGGUUUGUCCAAAGCUGAUAUUGCCAAAUCAAAAAAUGCGGAUUUGGGUAAAGGUGUGGUGGUUAAUAAAAAGUUAGUCAACGUUAUAGACCUUGAGAUGGAUCCUCGGUAUGGAAAAGCAUAUUUUGUUGAUGAAAGCGGCUUUAAGACCAAGAGUUUGAUGUGCAUGCCCAUCGUGGAUAAUAAGUGUAGAGCUAUAGGGUGUACACAACUCAUUAACAAAAAGAACCAACAACCCUUCACAGAAAACGACGAGAAUAUCAUGGAGGCUUUUUCAAUAUUCACCGGACUUGGAAUACACAAUUGCCAAAUGUACGAAAGUGUCUCUAAAUUGAUGGCAAAACAGCGAGUGGCUUUAGAGGUAUUGAGCUACCACGCUGGACCACCGGUGGAAGAGGUAUCUAGUUUGGUCGAGGCUGAGAUCAAGAAGCCAAAGGAGUAUGAUGUAGGCCUAUACCAUUUUGAUUUCGAUGAAUUCUUUAUGGACGAGUUCGAAACGCUAUGUGCCACUAUGUGUAUGUUUAAAGAGUUGGACGUGGUGAACAAAUUUAAUGUACCUUACGAUGUCAUUUGCCGGUGGGUAUGUAGCGUCAAAAAAAACUACAGAAUUGUCACGUAUCAUAACUGGCGUCACGCUUUUAACGUCGCGCAAACCAUGUUUACAAUCUUGUUUACUGGUGGCCUCUCAAAAUUUUUCAAUGAUUUGGACAUGUUUGCUCUGAUUGCAGCUUGCCUCUGUCACGAUUUAGACCACAGAGGCACCAACAACACCUUUCAAGUCAAAGUGGAUUCACCACUCGCUGCACUGUAUUCCACAUCAGUUAUGGAACAUCAUCACUUCGAUCAUUGCAUCAUGAUCCUCAAUAGUGAAGGCAACAACAUCUUCGGAAGCUUGCCAGCAGACAAAUACAAAGCGGUUCUCAAGAUUGUCGAACACGCCAUCAUUUCCACAGAUUUGGCCCUGUAUUUUGGGAAGAGGGGGAGUUUCAAAGCUCUGAUUGAUAACGGAGAGAAAGACUUUUCCUCCGGAGCCAACAAAGAAAUUUUGAAAGCUAUGAUGAUGACGUCAUGCGAUGUAGCUGCUAUUUGCAAACCAUGGGAGAUUCAGUUCAGAACAGCUGAUUUGGUAUCUGCAGAAUUCUUUGAGCAGGGUGACAUCGAGAAAACUCAGCUGGGAGAGGCACCCAUAGCUAUGAUGGAUCGAGAAAAGAAAACAGAUCUUCCGAAGAUGCAGAUGGGAUUCAUAGAUGCCAUUUGUACGCCAGUUUAUGAUCUUUUUGCAAAACUUGACCCUAAAAUGAAGCAUCUAUACAACGGGGUCAUGGAUAAUAGAGCUAACUGGGAAAGACUGUCGGAAAUAGGCAUGGAAAAUGUGGAACAACUAAGCGAAGAAAUAAACUCUGGUAAAAUGGGUCAGAAGAGGAGUACCCCACAGAAAGUGGUUUCAAGAUUGUCGGAUCCUAUACCAGAACCAGGUUUACCUAGACCCCCACCUCAGGUAAUUACUGGUAAACCCAGCCACCCCAAUAAGUCUAAACCUAACAAAACCAAACCGCCACCGUCUGAAAAGAAAAAAUCCAAAACCUGUAUCGUUUUAUAAUGAAUCGUUUUCAUGGGACAUCUUGAACCUUGCGCUUUUAAAUUGAAACCAUACGGUCGAGUAUAUAUGUCAAGGGUGAACUGUUUAAAACCUGUGGACGAGAAGUUACUUCUGCUUAUGUAAGAUUCUCUUGUGUAGUUAUACGUUCGAUGUGUAUAAAAAUUAUAAAUAUAUUUAUGUCAAAGGCA